AUGUCAUACAUACAGUACUUUGAAAGCUUGCCUUUGAAACUGAAGUCGUUCUUUCAAAGAUAUCCCCCCUCAAUUAAAUAUUCUUCAGCGUCGACAUUUACGAACGCCAUCGAUGCGAACCCUUUCUUACCGAACAAACAUCCAGUCACACAGCGAUUCCAUGAUCCUAAAUAUUCACUCAGAAGGAUGAGUGACGUAUAUAAAUUGGCGUUACGUUAUGGAGUAGAAGAUUUUUUACCACCAAUCGAAAACACCAAGAAGCUUUUCUUCGAAGAGAAAUACAACAAGAAGACUCUCAUGAAGGGUGUUCUUUUACCCAAGGGUCAUAAACAUGAGUUGAAAUUAAAGGAAACGUUGAAAAAGCGUGAGGAAGCUUUGAAGAAGGUGGAUGAUUUGAUUGCUUCUAAAAAAGGUUCAAAAUAUGCCAAGAGGGUAGAGAAAAUGAAAAAAAACCAAAGCAUUGGUUGGUUUUGA